AAGUUAAAACACUUUAAAUACUGUGGCUGACUCACCCUGCUCAGCCCAGCAGUCUGGCUCCCCAGUUGACAUGAAGGCUCUCCUUAUUCUGGGGCUUCUCCUCCUUUCUGUCACCAUCCAUGGGAAGAUCUUUGAAAGGUGUGAGUUGGCCAGAACUCUGAAGAGAUUUGGACUGGAUGGCUACCGGGGAAUCAGCCUGCCAAACUGGGUGUGUUUGGCCAGAUGGGAGAGUAGUUAUAACACAAAAGCUACAAACUACAAUCCUGGAGACAGAAGCACUGAUUAUGGGAUAUUUCAGAUCAAUAGCCACUACUGGUGCAAUGAUGGCAAAACCCCAGGAGCUGUUAAUGCCUGCGGUAUAUCCUGCAAUGCCUUGUUGCAAGAUGACAUCACUGAAGCAGUGGCUUGUGCAAAGAGGGUUGUGAGGGACCCACAAGGCAUUAGAGCAUGGGUGGCAUGGAGACAUCGGUGUCAAAACCAAGAUCUCACUCAGUAUGUGCGUGGCUGUGGAGUGUAACUGCAGACUUUUCCUUCUUGAGCUCACGUUGCUCCUUUUUGACAUGAAGGGAGUGAUACAUAAGCUUAAAGUCACAGCACCAUUGUUUCCCUUCAAAUAAACAGAAUCUUUACAGUAGCAAGAGCAAAAUAUAUCCUUUCUUCUCAGA